AAGAAUCCAAUCAAUACAUACAUACUCUCUUUGGGUGUUUGGUAUAAGAUGGGACUAAAAGGGAAGCUACUUGGGCAGAUAGAGAUCAGUUUUCAUGGAGAUUUAUUUCAUGAAAUCCUUGCAGCGAGACCCCAUCAUCUUCCUUCCAUGACCUCAGUUGUUCAUGCAGUCGAUGGCCAAUGGGGAACUCAGGGCUGUACCACCAUCUUUAAAUAUACCCAAGGUGGGAAAACUGAAAUCGGAGAGAGUUUUAUGGACACCAUAGAUGAUGAGAAGAAAAUGGUGAAAUACAGAGUGGUAAAAGGUGACAUCUUGAAAUCUUUUAAGAGUUUCAUCAUAACAUGUGAAGUUGAAACCAAUGGAGAUGACAACUUUGUGACUUGGACUAUUGUGUAUGAAAAACUCAAAGAGGAGAUUCCUGAGCCACUCACCUUUAUGGAGUAUUUGUUUACACUGACUAAAGAAACCGACGCGAUCACCAUGCCAAGUUGAACCCAUAAAUAUGAGUCGUAAUAAUAAUUAAUAAUAAUAUAUUAAAUAAUGGAUAUGCUUUGUGAUGUAUCGUAUCAGUGCCUCUAUAUUCAAAGUGUGUGUUACGUUGUAAAAUAAGUAAGGAAUUAUUUCCUUGAAGGUCAUAAAUAAAAUAAUAUGGUAUUUUAUAAUAUUUAAUACUUCCUAUUA